CCUUUCACUGAGGAGAAGAGGAGGAGGAGGAGGAGGAAAAGGAGAAGGAGGAGGAAAGAGCAGCGGCAGUCUGAGCAGCAGCAGCCUGAGCAACAGCAGCAGCAAUAGCCUGAGCAGCAGCAGCGGCAGCGGCAGCGGCAGCGGCAGCAGCAGCAAGCCCUCGUCCGGGCGACCCGGGUUGCCUCCAGGUGACGAUGCUCUGGCUCUCCCCCAGCGUCCGGCCUCUGGCUCCGCGGCAGUGGCUGGCUUCCCCUGGGAUUACCUUCAGUGUCUGGCUGCUGCUGAGUAACCUGUGGGUCCAGAUGUCUCUGGCUUCCUCAUUCCUGACAGGUUCAGUUGCUAAAUGUGAAAAUGAAGGUGAAGUCCUCCAGAUCCCCUUUAUCACGGACAACCCAUGCAUAAUGUGUGUCUGCUUGAAUAAAGAAGUGACAUGUAAGCGAGAGAAGUGCCCACUGUUCUCCAAAGACUGUGCUCUGGUGGUUAAGCAGAGGGGAACCUGCUGUGAACGAUGCAAAGGCUGCAGUUAUGAAGGAAAUACCUACAACAGCUCCCUAAAAUGGCAAGUCCCAGGCAAUCCCUGCGUUCUUCACCAGUGCCAGGAAGGAGUUGUGACCAAGGCAGAAAUGCGCUGUGUGGUUCAUUGUAAAAAUCCAAUCAAGCAGCAGGGGAUGUGCUGUCCCACCUGUCCAGGAUGUGUCUUUGAAGGAGUCCAGUACCAUGAAGGGGAAGAGUUUCGGCCCGAAGGGGACAGGUGUACCAAGUGCUUGUGUACUGGUGGUCAGACACAAUGCAUGAGAGAAGUCUGCCCCAUUUUGUCCUGUCCUGAGCACCUGAGUCAGACUCCACCAGGACACUGUUGUCCCCGCUGUGUAGGUCAGAGGAAAGUCUUUGAUCUCCAGUUUGGAAGUUGUCUUUUCCGCAGUGAUGUCUAUGACAACGGCGCCUCCUUCCUCUACGACAACUGCACAGUUUGCACGUGCCAGGACUCCACCGUGGUGUGCAAGAAGAAGUGUUCUCCCCCCGGAGCUUGUGCUAAGAGCAAAGACCCCUGUUGUGAAGAAUGCCUUGUACGCGUGCCCCCAAAAGAUGUCCGUGUGUGCAAAUAUGGGAGCAAGAUCUUCCGGGAUGGAGAGAUGUGGUCCUCCGUUAAUUGCACCAUCUGUGCUUGUGUGAAAGGCAAGACUGAAUGUCAGAAGAAGCAAUGCAUUCCUAUCAACAGCUGCCCACACGGUAAAAUUCUGAAUAGGAAAGGAUGCUGUCCUAUUUGCACUGAAAAGCCUGGCGUUUGCACUGUAUUUGGAGACCCCCACUACAACACUUUUGACGGACGGACAUUUAACUUUCAGGGAACAUGUCAGUACGUUUUGACAAAAGACUGCUCCUCCUCUGCCUCACCCUUCCAGGUGCUGGUGAAGAAUGAUGCCCGGCGGACCCGGUCCUUCUCUUGGACCAAGUCUGUGGACCUCGUGGUUGGCGGCAGCACGGUCAGCCUCCAGCAGCAUCUCACGGUCAAGUGGAAUGGUACCCGGAUAGCCCUGCCCUGGGAGACUCCUCACUUCCAGAUCGAUCUGGACGGCUACCUCCUGAAAGUGACCACCAAAGCAGGUUUGGAAAUCUCCUGGGAUGGAGACAGUUUUGUGGAAGUCAUGGCUGCCCCACAUCUCCAGGGCAAACUCUGUGGCCUCUGUGGCAAUUACAAUGGGCACAAACGGGACGACUUAAUUGGGGGAGAUGGCAACUUCAAGUUCGAUGUGGAUGAUUUUGCCGAGUCCUGGCGGGUCGAGUCAAAUGAGUUUUGCAACCGGCCUCAGAGAAAGCCAGUGCCCGAGCUCUGCCAAGGGACGGUGAAGGUGAAGCUUCGAGCACACAGGGAAUGCCAGAAGCUCAAAGCCUGGGAGUUCCAACCCUGCCAUUCUACUGUAGACUACACGACGUUCUAUCGGUCCUGUGUGACAGACAUGUGUGAGUGUCCGGUCCAUAAGAACUGCUAUUGUGAAUCCUUCCUGGCUUAUGCCCGAGCGUGCCAAAGAGAAGGGGCCAAAGUCCACUGGAGGCCAGAGCAGCAUUGUGCAGCCACCCAGUGCAAACACGGUGCUGUCUAUGACACCUGCGGGCCUGGAUGCAUCAAGACAUGCGACAACUGGAACGAGAUCGGCCCCUGCAACAAGCCGUGUGUGGCAGGCUGUCACUGUCCUGCCAACUUGGUUCAUCACAAAGGAAGAUGCAUCAAACCAGUCCUGUGUCCCCAGCGGUGACCUUUGCUUAGGACCAAAGACUUGGAAAGUUGGCGUCCCUGUUGCCUGCUUGAACAACCAAUGAAGGACUAUGGGUUUUAAAUGCAGAUUCUGCAAAAAAUGCACCCAGAGUACAUAUGUGUAAAUAUACAGAUAUAUAUACCUCUAUACAUACACACAUAGACACACAUACGUGUGUAUGUAUAGAUGUAUAGAGAGAGAUUCAAAAACAUACAACAUUUAUAUAAACCAUAGAAGGAAGAAUUAUUAUAUGUAUAUUUUUUGCUAUAAGACAUGUAUUAUUUCUAGGAUUCUAAUCUGUAAGCCAUGGCAGUUAUUGUAUAAAUAAACCUAAUGUUUCUAAUUUAAUCAGGUGGCAUGCCAACCUUAUGGAUGGCUUUCCCGAUGCAUAAACUUCAAGGAAGUUUUCCAAACACCCCAAGUGUUCUGAUGGCCUUCAUUUUGACCCUGAACCAGGAUUUGUAGUUGGAUGGAGACUGCGUCUCCUGGAGGAAGAGACUUUGUGGGCAGGAAAGAAAUGUGCACUUGUGAAAGCUGGUCGCAGGAUUGGGGAUGGAAGUGAAAAUGGAUGGACAGCUGGGUAUUUGGGACCAUAAGGUUGGUAGUGUUCCCAAGACUGACUUGGCCAGAUGCUAGGAUGGUGAUAUUUGGUAAUAGAACUAAACCAAAGAGCCAAAUAAUUUCUUCAUUUAAAAUAUUCCUUUUAAUUGUAUUUUUAUCUGUCUACCCUUCUUACACACAUACACAUGCACACACACAAACACAUAUGGUACUCCAACAGUCUCAGCUUAGUUUAAUAGCUUAUUAUUGCCUUAAGACUUUGGUUUAUUCUAUAGAGGCAAUAUGGUGGAGUAGAAAGAGCCCAGAAGAUGGUUUUAAAAUCUUUCUUAUGAUAGUGACCCUGGACAAGCCAAGUAACCUCUCAGUGCCCCUGACUAUACAUUUCAGACAAAUGGCUGACCUGCAUUGGUCAUCCAGGGGUUCUCUAGACCAAUGACAUCCCAGUUCCAGACUCAAUCCCGAUAUUAAUCAGCUAAUCAAUAAGCAUAUAUUAUGUCCCAGGCAUUGUUCUAAAUAUCGGGGCACAAAGAAAGAGCAAAAACAGUCCCUGUGCUCUGGGGGCUUAUACUUUAACAUGCAUAUGUCAGAAAAUGCAAGAUCAAUACAACUAUCUAGAUGGAGGGUAACUUGAGAUGGGCUGGCACUAGCAUCUGGGGGAACCAGAAAGGCUUCCUGGGGGAGGUGAUUCUUGGAAUGAGCCUUAAAGGUUUCUAAGAAUCAGAUUUGAGCAUAGAGAAUGGGAGCUAUAAAACCUAGAGAUGAGAGAAAGGGUGUUGUAUGUAAGAAGUAGACAGCAGGCCAGUUUAACUACAGUGUAAGAUAAAUGAAAAUUGGAGAAGUUAAGAAGGGACUAGCCUGUAAAGAGCUCAAGUAGCAAAUAAAGGUUACAUUAAUAGAUGCAGAAUUUAUUGGAAAGAGAUCCAGUGUCCAUUUACUCCAACCCAAACUGGAGCAAGAAUCUUCUCUAUCACUUACUUUUUUGUUUGUCAAAUUUUACCUCCUUGUGUCCAUGUUUAUUUAUUUUUUAUUGUAGUGAGUUUAUUUAUUUUGGAUACACAUUGCUUUAUGAAUCAUGUUGGGAGAG